UGCGUCCGGGCAAGGGAAACUGGAGUUCAUUUCUUUUUCUCAUCAUAAGGGGUCAGUUUGAGCCAUGCUUAGUCUGGCCCCUCACCUAGGACCUGUUUGCCAUGGGUGACCCUGCCAGGGGCUUAAAGCCCCAGACAACAUAGCUCCUAGGAUCAUUGGGACACGCAAACCCCUCCACCACGAUAAGGUGAUGACUCACGGAGGAGAUGUAAAAACUUUAAUCUUACAAAUACAAAUUUUUCCCCCCGCCAAUUACAAUUGAUGUACUGUAAUUUUCAAGCUAUAAGGAACAUUUAAAAUUAUUUAUUUUUCCCUAAAAUUGACUGUGCUUUAAUGUAGGAGUUCUAAUGAAAUCUUAAACGAUGUUGUUUUUGGCAGCCAUUUUGAUUUUUGUCUCUUUUUGACGCUAAUACUUAUUAGUCAUAUUUUAGUCGUCACAAAAUGUGUCAACUAGUUUUUGUUGACAAAAACACAAGACUAUUUUCGUCUUUAGUCGGUUUAACUAAGAAUGUUUUCGUCUGUAAAUUCAAUUUUACUCGAAAAAUAAAGGUUUCCAACUAUUUCAAUUGACAGACGAGCACAUAUUGUGUCUCCAAGGACAACGCCAACUUGGUGAUAAAAGACUUGGCAGCAAAACGGAAUGCAAAAACAUUAAAAUGUCACACAUUGUGAACAUGAGAUGAAAAUGCGCCAGUUUGUCACAUCAGACAAAAACUGGCAUUCGUCAUUAGUCUCCCAAGACAUGAUUUUAGCUCAUUAUCGGCUCGUCAUGAAAAAAAAGUUAGUUGAAGAAAUGUUAAUAUCGUCAUCGUUGACGAAAACUACACUGAUCUUAAUGCAAUUGAACUAAUUUUAUUGUAUUGCUCCAGUAAAAUGCCUUACAUGUCAAACCCACAAAUAAAACAAUAAAAUAAAAGGUCAAUUAUUAAAAGAUGCACAGACAAAUGCUGUACAUUAAUGCCAUAAUUUCCUAAUAAUUGGGUGCGAAUGUUUGAAAAUAAACUCUCAUUAAGGGUGUGCUUUAUAGUCCGAAAAAUACGGUACAUGUCUUUCAUAUUGUAAGUGAGGGAUCACAGGUUACAAUAUUAAUAGCGUUGAUUAUUGUAUUGAAUUUGAAGACCAAAUUUCCACAAUCUAAGGUUUCUCGUCGAACAUCCUCUUAAAUUGUGGCGCAUGUUUACUAUUUGUUAGCAUGGCACCGCCGACUCAAGUGUUGCCAAGAGGCUACUGUAUGGGCUCUCCUCCCGUAUAUCAACAUCCCUCAAGCCCGCCCUCUCUCAAACGUCGGCCAAUGAGACGCCGCUUACCCAUGCAAUUUGGCGUUGUUUGCCAGAUUGACGCCUGACUCGACCAACGGCGUCGUCGGAAACGAGGCCUUCCUCUGUUCUCCUUCACCUCCCUUGUAGGCGAGUCCUGCCUAGUUUCGCGCACAGCGACCAAUCAAACGACAGGGAUUCCGGUCAGCUGUUUUUGAUUUGCCAGAUUGACCUCGAAGCCAGCGAAUGAGGACUUCGACUGGCCUCGUCCGCAAAGUGGACAAGCUCGGUUGCGCUGCAAUGUAGCUGAUCAACUUUUACAACCAGAGGCGAAGCUUUUUUUAAAAAAAAUACAUACAGUUGUAUAUUUUAUUUUUUAAACACUAUCAAUUGACUAAACUUGAUUUAGCAGCUCUGCUACAAAAACGAGACAAAAAACACAGGUCAUUGUUUGCAGUUGCAGAGAAAAUCGCCGAUAUUUGCGCGCCGCGUUGCAAUAACAUUCCAGAAGUGUUGGAGUAAUCUGGGACGAAAAGCUAGCCAGCUAGCUCGUCCGUUAGCAUGUUGCUAGGCUAGGCGCCCGGGCGCAGAGCUGCCUUUUUGAGGAUCUUACUCCUCCAAUUGACGCUCCUUCUUUCGUCGACCCGAAAAGACUCCCAGCAUGCUGAUGGUGGGAGGCCAUGGACUGCUGCACUAGAAUGAGUGUGAAAGAGCUGUGUGAGACUGAUGACCUGGCCACUAGCCUGGUGCUGGACCCUCUCCUGGGCUUCAGCACCCAUAAAAUGAACAUCAGCCCGCCGCCGGAGGUGCGCCGCUGGGGCAACUUGAAGGAGACGUUGCUGCGCUUCCAACGCACGCACGACUUCGACGCCACCUUCGAGGCGCUGACGGUGGGCGAGCUGGCCGGCGACUACUUCGAAGCUUUGGGAAGUCACCGAAAGGAGCUCCUGAGGCAGCAUGUGUACCGCUACCUCGGGGCCUUCCUAUUGGACAGCGGUGUCAAGAUCGAAUCUUGUGACCGCUACUCCUCGGAGACCAACGGCGCCAAGAUUACCUCCACCAGGCACUGGUUCGCGGGCGAGCGGGUGGAGGUCCUCCUGGGGUGCAUUGCCGAGCUGAGUCCGGCCGACGGCGCCGUGCUGCGGGCCGGAGUCAACGACUUCAGCGUCAUGUACUCCACGCGCAAACGCUGCGCUCAGCUGUGGCUCGGACCCGCCGCCUUUAUCAACCACGACUGCAAGCCAAAUUGCAAGUUCGUCCCCGGCGAGAAGAACGGCGCUUGCGUGGAAGUGAUUCGACCCAUCUCUCCCGGCGAGGAGAUCACGUGCUACUACGGCGCAAGCUUCUUUGGCGAGGGCAACGAAAUGUGCGAGUGCUGCACCUGCGAGAAGAAAGGGGAAGGUCAUUUUAAACACAGAGGGAAGCAGCCGGAAUGCGAGGAAACAAAAGACCCCAUGGGCCAGAAGUACCGCCUCCGGGAGCGCUACCUUCGUCACCAGCGAGAGAAGGGACACCUGAGCUCCAGGCCCGCUAUUUCCGGAUUACACUCAGCAAUCCCCUCGAGGAACUCCUUCACUCAUCAGAUGCGGAAGAACGCUCUUAAGAACCGAAAAUGGAACCAGGCCAAUAAGUGGAGGCGACAGAACCGCAGGCUCUCCAGACCCUUGGAAGUAGGUCUCAUCAGAAAAGACCGACAGACGCCGCCGCGCCUGUCGCAGUGCUUGAUCCGAGACCUUAGAAUAAGGGUGCGGCGCCACUCAGUGGACUUUCUGCUGGCCUGCAAGGAUCCCAAAGGCAAAGAGAGGGCCCUCCUACAACAGCUGGAGGCAGUCAAGCCUAGGGCAACACCCAGCGUGAGGCGUUUCAGGCCCACUCUGCUUCAAAAGAACAGAGGACGGGUAUGCCCUGACGGGACGGCCGGCAGAGGCGUUAUCUUGAGGAGCUCAUCCAGAACCGGAAGCGUGGACGGGGUCGUCGAUACCGACAAAACGCCCGUCGCAGAAAAACCGGAAAAGACCGAGCCAGAAAUUUCAGAACAAGUCGUCUCAGAACCAGUCGUCUCUCAAAGUGUCCCGGAGCCCUGUAAGAAAGUUCCGGACAAACCGGUACCGGCGCUCAAGCAAUUCCUUACCGUCCGCCUCACUAGAAUCUCGGCGCCUCGCAAGGAGCCACCGGUCACUGUUGACGAGCGGGACAUUAGGGAGGAGCUGAGAGGCAAGAUGAGGCAGAUUCAGGGCCUCAGACCACUGACUGCGCAGAAAUCCCAGCCAAAGCAGGUAACGUCACCCCCGGUUCUGCCGGGCCCGCGCACCACCAGCGUCGAAACUCCUAGAGGAGUUCGGGAAAUGUUCUUUAAGGCCGUCGAUAAGGGAACGGCGCAGAAGCGACAGGCCUCAAAUGCUUCCCAGCUCCAGGAAGAAUGCAAGAACAAGGUCAUCGAAAUCCAGACAGUGGCGGAAGAGGAAACGCAACCAGAUAAAAACAAACCUGAAGAGCACAAAGAGAAGAGAAAAACUACUACUACUGAAUGUAAGACUGCAUCCAAUGUCAAAAUGACCAGAAAGAUGAUUACACAAGGGGUCAAAGAGCCACAACCAGUACAAGAGGUACCUCCUAUGCCAAGUAAACCCGUGCAGACUCCAAGUAAGGAUGUCGUCAUGAAGCAGGCAAAAGUCCUCUUGUCGGAUAUUCUGAAGAAAGAUAAGACUUCUGAGGAUAAGCCACAUCCAGGAGACGGUUGUCCAAGAGAAGUCCCUGUCGAGGCCACGAAACGAACUGUCGGACGGCCGCAGAAGUUGGGCAGACGCGUAAAGACCAAAGCCGAAUUAAAGUCAAACAACGUAGGCCCCGGUUUAGUCCCCUUGGCAGAGAAACCCAACGGACACUGCGACCCGGUGACAUCCUCUCUCAACCCGCUACCUCUCCAAUCUCACAUUUCAUCCAAUGCCAGUCAGACCGCUCAGCACCACGACGCCAUGCAGUCCAACAUACCUCUGAAGAAACGGACGUUCCGCAAUACCGUGGAGCCGGAGCAAGGCACGACCGUCCCUUCCGUCGCAACCCGGAAAGAAGUUUUGCCCAUAAAGCAGGAACAACCCGGUCGUCAUACAGAAAACCCUAUCAAACGUGGCAGAAAAAGCAAAGCGUUGCGAGCCAAAGUCCGCAGGGUGAGCUCCAGAAGGGUCACCAGGCAGAACUACGUGGCCAGGGUCCUUCGAUCUCGGCUUCCUAAAGCUCCUGACGUUCGGCUGAGGAAGGCUGAUAAGUUGAAAUCUCAGAGACAAGACGAGGACAACAGCCAGGAGACCGUUCAGCUCGACCUGAACCUCCAGACGGAGAAUAAGCAAGAAAACGACACUCGGGCGGAAACGCCAACCAGGGAACAAAGUGAUGUGGAGAAGACGAAGCCAGAAAUUAACUUUAGGAUCCGUUUCAAGCGGAGCAGAGGGAAAGUGUGGGAGAUGCAAAGCAGCGGCCUAGGCUCUGUGCUGUCCAAACCGGAGAAAAACGAACUUGACAAUGAUCCCCUUAAGGCCAUCAUGGACUCCGUGUCGGUGUUGAGCAUGGAGAUGCAGGCAGCUCAGGCUCACGUGCAGGCCAGUAAGAAGUCCAAGAGCAGACUGCUUCGCUUGAAAAAACGGGGUGAGAGGAGGAGGAGCGCGUGCACAAAGCUGGAACCGGAUAAAGAAGACGGCGCAGUCGGGGAGAUUUCUUCCGCUACGUGCCUUACGCCGGCCAAAAUUCAGAGUGACGCAGCGUCUUUUGUCCAAGGAACCAAAACUGAAGAUGGAUCGGCCAGAAGCUCCUGCCUCUUUGAAAGCGCGUCGCAGCCCAAACCAGAGUCCGGCACGGAUUCCAACGGUUGUCCACUGCCCGUUCUCAAAUUACGCCGAAAGGUAGAGGACAUUUGGGAGGUGGAUGACAUGGAAGAGGAGGAGGAGGGAAAGCAGGAAGCGGUGAAAACGGAGGCGCCGCCGGUGAAAAAAGGGGCCCCGAAAGCCCCCGCUUUGGUAAAGCAAACACCGGGGCUGCUGGACUUGAGCAAGGUCCGAGAGGACCCCCCGCCGUCUACUCCCAAGGUGAACGCUAACUCCGCGCCCUUGAAAACCGAAGCUCCGCCAAUGUGUUUGUCGCUUUCACCGCUUUCCCUGUCGUCCCCGCUAAACGAGCGCGUGGAAAGUGCGCCGGGAGCCAACGCUGCUGCCGAUAGACAAGAAGCCGGCGUCAGGAAGCAACGAAACAAAUCGGCGACUAAGUCCGGUGCCGCGGAAACGCCCGCCGGCUGCCUCAGUCAGUCUCUCCAGCAAAUCGACAACAGCCUCUCUAGGCUCUCCGAGGGCCUGUGCUCGUCGCAGAUUCUGGAAAAGACCGCUUCUCUAGCCGGACUUCCCGGGUCCCUCGUCCAGCCCCCUUCCCACUCCCCACCGUUCCCGACCGCGGAAACCAUUCUCCCCGGCGAGCCUAACUUUGCAAACUGUUGUGACGACAUUCUGGACUUUCAGUGUUUAAACUUUGAGGGAUACGAUCAGCCGCAGAACAUUCUCCCUUCUUCGCCGUCAGAUUUGUGUUCACUAGAACCCCCCGCGGAUCCCUUCAGCAGCCCGCUAUCGCACAGCCCCUCCGACACGUGGACCACAGAGACGCCUUACCUCGGCCCCCCGAGUCCCGGAAAUUCCUUCCCCGGUGAAGAACUACAGUUCUUCCCAGGCCUACUCCCAUCCAAAAACGAUUCGGCUCCUCUAGAUUGCGAGGCGAAGAACGCCUCCGGGAGAAUCCCUACCCAAGCCGGCUACGGGUUUUCAGUGCUCAGCAAUCCCGAACUGGCGUCAAAGGACAGACUUGUCAGCAAAAAUUCGGGAGCGAGGCUGUCCAAAGAGGAUUUAAAAGGUCAUUCUUCCUCCGCGCUGAGCAAACAUCGGCUGUUUGGCACUCCUGCUACCGUGGCUCAGAACCCUCUUCCUUUGGUACAAUCCGCCCCGAACGUCAAACCCGGCGGCAGCCAGUCAAAAACCGCGUGCAACCUAAAAACUCAAGGACCCUUCCACCGCAUGAGCAUUCCCAAACAAGCCCAGUCUUUUCCCAGCUGCCAGCCUAGCGCACAGCGAAGCAUCCCGCAGACCAAGUCCGUAUUGCCGUCUUCCAUAGCUAACAAGUUUGUUGGUCACCAACUCUUGGCCGGAAGAAACUCAAAUAACCUUGACAAUCACUUCAGCUCCCAGGAGAAGUCCUCCACAGUCAUCCACAGGGUUCCGCAAGUCCACAAAUUUCCGGGUGGAAACCCAAACCAGAAUUUACAGUACAGCGUUCCCUCCAACACAUCCAAAACCUACGCUAGCAAAUCGGCGGAAAAGCCUCGUGACGAGCUCCACUGUAACCACAAAAGCGGAGUCUCCGCUCAGAACCUCGAACAUUUCACUUCCUCCGCCAGGCCCGGCCUUCCUUUCGGCAAACACGCUCCGUCUUUGAGCUCUUCGUUCGGUCGAGGCAAAGCGGCCCCGGAAAAGCAGGACGACGCCGGCGUGACGUAUAAGAACUUAUCCAACCUGCCUCGACCUUUCUUCUUCCCUAGCAAAGAGGGUUAUUCCUCACCGCAAGAGAAAACGUCCAAGCAGGACAAAUCGGCACCCCCGGGUUCGGACAAGAACCAGGCGUGUUACCCCCAGCAGGAUCCCUUCGAUUUCAGUUUCGCCUCGUCGCUUUCGCCGUUGCCGCAUCACGGCGGUUCUCAAGUAGUCCACGGCACGCCGCCCGGCACGCCUUCGUCGGCGGGCAAGGGUCACCCGGCCGCCUCCUUCCCUUACGGCCCCCAGGGACCCCCUUACGUACUCAACUUUAGCGGCGACCACUCGUUGACGCUGGGCCUCAGGGACGCGCCCGAAGGUUACCCUGGACUGGGCCCCGCAAACUACACCUACCACUGCCUGAUGGAACCUUCGGGCACGCAGGGGCGGCUCGUCCUGGAACCCUGCGCUUCUCUGCCAUCCAACCCGCCCUCCUUUUCCAUGGGCGGCUUGCCGGGACACAAAGGUGCUCCGGAUGAACAUUUUAAGAAGGACCAGUCGGGCGACCAUCAGGACGUACCGCACUACGGACCCACGUCUCACUCCGUGAGCUCUACCAAGCCCAAGAGGGUCAGGCUGGUGGUGACGGACGGAACCGUGGACUUGGACCUUCAGUACUCUGACUGAAACCUGUUGUUUUUCUUUUUAUUCCAACUGUUUUGAAGGACUCUGUCACGAGACCUAUUUGAUGAUCAAACGGACCAUUCUUUGUGUCGGCGGCCAGGGAGGCACCGCCUUCAAACGGGCAGCUUGGCGCCUCUUGUCUUUCCUAUGAGACUUUUUCAAACUUUCCAUCUUUUAUACCCACGAUUUUCUUUCUCACUGUUUGUACGCCCGCGAGUGUGUUUUUGGUAGCUGAGCCCAGCCGCUACGGCACGGCGGACCCUCGUGACCAUUUUUCUCGGCCAAAAUGUCUCAUCCGGGUGGUACCGGCCGCCCUUUUGGCUGUCUUUCGGACUUAGCGCUUACCACUAUUCCAUCUAGAGACUGUUGUGGACAGUUUUUUUUUUUAAUUGGGGGCAGUGCAACGGAGUACUGGGGCCGAACAACGAAAAAUAAGACUAUGAAAUUAAAGUCGUAAUAUUACGAGAUUGAAGUUGUAGUGUUAAGACGGGAAAAGUUGUCAUAAUACUACGAGAUUAUUUUACUUUUUUUCAUUGGCCCUAAUACUCCGUGUUCGAAUUUUUAUCAAUCUUUUAGCAUCCGGAGGGUCCGCUGCCGUCCGCUCAACAUCGAAAAGGAACAAACGGUGACAAUCUUUCCACUGUUUUUGUCUGUUAUUUUUUGAAAGGUUGUGGCCCUUGUACUUCCUGUUGUGUAUUUAUUGGAUGAUCUUGACCUCUUCCCGGUCGUGCUUUUAAAACAAAAUGGUGCUUGAACCUAAUUUAUACUUCACCUUGAUUGUUGAUAGGAGUAAAUGUUUGACGGUUAUUUAAUGGGACAAAAAAAAAAACACACAAAAAAAAACUUAUUGAACUGAAUAUAUAGAUGACAAAUAUAUAUGAAGAUAUAUUAUACGACUUGUAUUUAAUUUCUCACCCGCUGUUGUCAAACUUUCUAUUAGGCCCCUCCCUUCUACUUCCUUCUUAAAAAUUGUUAGUCUUACUAAAAGAGUUUGCUGUAGAAAUGUAUAAAUUGUAGCUUGUAUUAUUAAAGACUCCUUUUCAUACUUAA